AUGAAGUUAUUGGGAAAAAUAGUUAUCUCACUAAUAAUAACAUUAGGAUUAGUUUAUAGUGAUCAAGAUACAGAUGGAACAGAAUUUAUAACAUCAUUUUUGUAUAAAAAUGCUCCAGAUCCCCAAAAUUUUGAAUUAUCUUUAUUCUUUUUACCAACAACCAAUACCACUACAACUGUUACUUAUACAUAUUGGUCAUUAAAGUUAUCAAAAAUUCUUGUUAAUAAAGCUAAUGUUGUUUUCAGACAAUUAAAUAAAAUUGUUAUUCCAUAUGAAGAUAUUAUUAGUGAAGGACAUUAUGGUGAUGGUAAACCAAAAAAUUUAACUGAUCCAAGAAUUUAUAUCAAUUCAUCUUCACCAAUAAAAGUUAUAGCUAAACUUGUAAAUCUAGUUACUAAUCAAGGAGAUAUGUAUUUAGUACCAUCAACUUCAUUUGCUGGGUCAAAAUAUCUUUUCAAAUUACCACAACCAAUUGUAGGAAGAGAACAAAUCGUUCAUUUAUUAUCAUUACCAAAUCAAGAUGCUAAUGUUAAAAUUAUUUCUACUGGACCACAAGGACAUACUUUAUUUUAUCAAACGGUAAAACUUAAUGGAGCAAUUGGUGGUGAUCAGGUAAUUCUUCCAAUAACUACAAUUGACAUUGGUCCAUCAAUAUAUAUUUCAUCUGACAAACCAAUAAUUGUUAUUGGAGCUGUUGUUUGUGCUAAUUUAAAUGCAUUUAAUAACAAUAUUCCAUCAACAAAUAAUACUUGUGAUUAUGCUGCAUAUUUUCCACAACAAAUUGGUACAUGGGAUUGUGUCUCAAAUCUUUCAGUUCCAGAUCAAAGAGUAACUGUUGGUGAUCAUACAGCAAAUAUUAUUGUUUCACCAUCAGACACAACAUGUGGUUCAUCAUUACCUGUUGAAAUUUAUUCAAAUGUAAAUCCUGUAAAUGCAUUAAAUCAAAAUUUAUCAUCAGGAUUAGUUUCACGUUAUCAAGUUGUUCAUUCAUACAUUUCUGAAUUAGCUGUUUCAUCACCAUAUGGUUAUCUUUCAAUGACUCGUGUUGGAACACCACGAGCAUCAAAUAAUGCUACAUUAAAUGGUAUAUAUAUGAAUUAUGUACCUGAUACAACACAAUUUUAUAAUGGAGAAACACAAUUUAUUGCAAUAAAUGCAGGUGAUAUUAUAGAAGUUUAUUUACAAAAUUUAUCUUCAAAUGAUACAUUAAAAUUAAAUAAUAUAAAAAUGAUUCAAGGAUUAAUUAAUCCUCGUAUAAUUAAUUCAUUUAAUAAUAUUUAUACAGUAGUUGAAUUUUAUCUUCCUUACUCUGGUCUUCAUACAUUCUCUUCAACAGCCAAUUACAUUGCAUAUGUUAUCAGUAAAGCGGAUAAAAAUACAAAUACAGGUUAUGGUUAUAUUACAGGAUUUGGUAAAACAAAAAUUCAAUAUAAUUCAAAUGUAGGUGUUAGUACAUCUAGUAUUCCUACAACUGAAAUACCUAUAAUUGUUACAACAAAUAAAGCAACUACAUCAUUAACUUUACAAAUAAGUUUUGUUAUUAUGUCAGUUUUUUAUUUUAUACUAUCAUGCAUAAAUUAUUAUGUAUAA